AUGGCUGAAAUAUUGAAGGAAUGGUUAACGGAAAAGCUUAAUCAACCAAUAAAUUGGGAGCCGCGAGAAUUCGGUGAAUUGAUGAAAAAUGGAGAAAUCGUAGCUAGAGUCCUCCGAAGUUACCACGUCAUUAACGAAGAAAAAUAUUUCCUGAUAAGAGGCACCAAUUUACCACUCGAUAUUCAUAGCAACUGGAAGUAUUUGGCGGAAUGGCUAUAUGAAUUAAAUAUUUAUUUGGCUGAUACUGAUUUAGUCAAUAUAAAAGAAGGAAAGGGUUCCGUUUUGCUUCGAUUAUUCUAUCAACUAUUUUUAACUCUUGAUAAAAAAGAUCGUACAGAUUUUAUAAAGCGAGAGCGAAAAAUGGUUUCAAGUUUAGUAGAGAAAAUUAACGACAAAUUCAAAGUUGACAAAGUGGAUGAAAUAGAAGAGUAUGCCGUAGAUCAUCUCUCUAGACCACUAUUGAACGAACGACAUUUCAUUGAAUGGCAAAGAAAGAAAUCUAGGGAAAUUAAGGACACGUAUGAGUUUAUUAAAUAUAGAUACAAAAAAAGUCUUGAAAAAAUUGAAGAAUCGAAUAUUGAUUCUCAGUACAAAGCUCCUAAAGUGAAAAAAAUGACUAGCAAAGAAAAAAGAGACAUGGAAAAAUUUGCUUUAAAAUACCCAUGUAAAUUUCAAAACUAUACUUACGAAGAACUACUUGAUUUGGAAGAGAGCUCCUUAGAACGAAAACAAAGCAUGAGUAAUACGGAAUGGGCAAAAAAUUAUAUUGAUAAUUUAUAUACAAGAAUGCACACAAAAUCAGAUUCUGAGGAAUUCCAAAAACAAAUCCGAAAUGUUCUUAGUAAUUCUUUGUGGGAUUUUUCUGUUGGCGAGGAAGAAUCCCAACUUGAUACAGAUUUAGGCAAGAAAGUAAUGAAAUUGUCGCAAUUCGAGAAACAAAUGUGCACACAAAUAAUGGAAACGAAGCAGCAGGCACGAAAUUUAGUUAAAAACAGAAUUGAUGCCGAAAAAGAGUUCGCUGCACAAAGAGAUCAACAAUUUGCUCAAUACUUAGAUAAUUUUAAAGAAAAAAUCCACUUAGGACUGGUAGAAACAGAUUUUGAAAAGCAUAGACAGGAAAUGCUUCAUCAGAAACUGUACGCAGAGAAAAUGAGAAGGAAACGACUUCACUAUUAUGAAAUAUGUUACGAAACAAUGCUGGCUUUGGUAGACUACGCAACUAAGUACGCAUAUUUUACUCAAUUGAUAGGAGGCCAAAUACCCGUUCACUACAUUCAUGAAUGGAAAUCGUUAUUCUUUAGAAAACAACCCAUUUUUGAUGUUAUAGAACAUAUGGAAGAUCUUUUAAAGGAAUAUCCUUUAGAGGAGGAGCUUGAACCCGAAGUAGAAGAGAUCUUGCGGCUCGAAUUAGAUCGUCAGGAUGCCCUAAAUGAUAGCGAAUUCAUAGAGUACCACAACUAUUCGUAUCCUUGGACACUUGAUUUAUUGAUACCUAAUUAUGAUCCUGAAUCCGAAGAUCGGAAGUAUGAGUAUUUGGGCACCCGCAUUCUGGGUCAUGUAGUUUAUACUUUACUAGAAAUUAAAUAUCCUUUCUCUCCAGCAAGACCUCCAGCAGAUCUUCCAGAUUUUACAGCUAAGGGUCUCAUUCGAGGUUUACCAGAUAAAGCAAUGACUAUGCCAAUGCAAACCUUGUUAAAUUUUAGUAAAAUUCAUGUUGUAAGACUCGAGGCCGCUAUUAAUUACUGUUUGCAACAAUUCAAAAUUGAAAUGCUUGGUGUUGCCGAUAUAGAUGUGAAUUACGACAAAUUUAUUAAUGUGGCAACGGAAGAAGAAAGUAAAGAUUUUGUCAGAGCACUGAAAGAGGAUGUAAGUAAGAGCAGUGAUAUAACGGUUGCUAUAUCGCCAAAUACUAAACAAACACAAACACCAAAAACGCUUCCGGAAGAAGAGUUGGUAUUGUCAACAGCUGCUGAUCUGGGCAAAUAUGCAUAUGAAGUCCUCAAUUUUGGAGAUUCUUUAACCGAUCAUUUACUAGCGGCUAUGUUGGUGGAGUAUAUUAAAAGCCAUAAAGAGAUCAAUGGAUUUGUUAUCAUAAAUUAUCCAAAUUCUUACCGCGAAGCAGCAAUACUAGAAGAAACAUUCUCAGGCCGGGAACCACCACCAGAAGAAGUUUUCGGCGAUAGAGAUGAUAUUUAUUUGGAAGAAACUAUAGCAAAACAUCGAAAAAUAGAAAAAGACUCGUACCGAGAAAUACGUGUAUCCAGACUUGUUAAUAAUCCUCAUAAAAAGAGAAUUGAAAAACCAUUCGAAAGCUAUUUCACGUGUUACAUUAAACUCAAAGAAACUGAGGAUAUUCUUCAAGAGUACGUAAUAUGGGAUUUAACACAAGAAAAUUCAGAAUUGAUUGAUAGAUUUUAUGCAAUUUUAGGUAUAAAUUACAGCAUGUAUUUUGAAGUAAUAGAGAAAGAUCUCUUAGUGCAAAUCUGUAAAUAUAUCAUAGGUGAUUUGAGCACACCAUCGAAAUCCAAUGACUCAUUAUUUGGACCGAAUGUCGUUAGCCUACUCGACUUUGUAUCGUCAGAUGAUAAAAGAACAAAAUCUAAAAUAAUUAAACCAGAAGUGUCUUUAAUAAGAUCUAAGGAAAAGGUAAGGCGUAAUGUGUCGAAACAAAGUAGAUCUAAGGAAUUUGAAGUCGUUAAAGCUCCUGAUUCACAAGAAGAAUUGCGAGACGAUCUUAUUGCUGUAACCAUGGAUGACGAUGUUGAGGAAGAACAUGAUAGAUCUGAGUGGACUGUGGAGGAAGUUAAAGUUUUGGCUGGAGAAGAAGAUUGGGAGUAUGGAGAGUUACCUAUCUCUGAAAACAUUGGUAUAGCUUUGGCUACAUGUUGGGAAAAAAUUGAAAAAUCUUAUAUUCAUGACCUACAACAACUUUUCUUUUCGAAACGCUUACAGAUGAACUAUUUAAUACCAUAUGCUAGAUACAUCAAAGAUAAAAUGGAACAAAUAAUUACGUUGCCGUCUUUUAAACAAGAUCUUGUUAGUCAGUUUCAAAAAGAAUACAAUGACUUCGAAGACGACUGGCGAGAUGUGAACUUAACGAAGAACGAGUGGCACUGUCGAAUAAAGGAGCUACAGCAUAGAUUGUACAACAUUUGUGACGAGAGGAAAAUAUACGCCGAACAGCAGCGGGUAGCAUUGAUAAUGGAUAACUGGGUAUUUGAAGAACUCACUACGAUGGCUAACACUUACAUAUCGUGUAUGCAGACAGAAUUAAACAGAUCGAUAUUAACAUUUCAAGCGUUGCAUGAUUUUUACUACGCUAUGAUCAAAAAAGUACCUUCAAAUGACAGACUAGUAUCCAAAGAUUUAACCAAGAUAAAUCGUGAAAGUGAUGAAACUUCUGGAAGUCGAAAAGGAGGCGAAGAUAAAAUAUUUAGACAAAUGAAAAAUAAUUAUCAAGAGUUAUUAAUGAAGGAUAUUGAAAUUAAUUAUAGUAACAAUCCAUUCAACAUGAUAAUAGAAAAUAAUGUGAAGUUUGCUAUGAAAUUUGUUAAGGAAACUAAUGAUCAUUACAGGUCAAUGAUUAGUAAAGAAUAUAGCGAUAUAGCAAAAUUGGUGACAGCGACAAAGAAAAAAGAUGAAAGCAAAGACUCUUCCCAAGAAAGUAUCAACCAAGAAGAACAUUUCAAACGAAAUGCGUUAAAUUGCAUUGAAGAGUGGAUAAUGGGUAUAAACGGAGAAAUGUAUAGAGUAACCCUAAGAAUGCUAGCGCUGCAAUAUAAGUGCUAUCAUGAUAUGAAACUUUUUAGUGACCACAUUUUUAAGACGUUUAAGGAAAUACAAAAUGAUAUCAAUAACUAUUAUUUGAACGAGAUCAACUCUGUGGACAGACUUUGCAAAUACUUUCAAAUGGCUACUGAAAAUGGUAGAAAGAUUCCAGAAACCUUAAUUCUUGAGGGCGAUAUGUUUGUAAUUGAUCCAAAUCUGAUGCAGUUUGCAUUGGUUGAGCCUGCACUAAAAGCAGGAGAGACCACUGAAUUACCCAAUGAUUUAGAAUUUAAAAUUUGCCAAUUGGCCAGACUUCGGACUCAAUUUAAAAUUGUGGCUCCAACUGGCCUUGCAUUACUUCAAGCAUUCAUUUAUCUUCUACAAGAUUUUGUGUUCUUCGGUAAAGAAUCCUGUGAAGGACCACUUGUCCCUGAAAGCUGGAAACGUGUAGAUCCUGACCAGAUAUCGAAACUUGUUUAUUUGUUUUUUGGAGAAACCGCGUAUGUAGAUUGGAGGGAUUUCCUUAUAUAUUGUUUGAACAUUAAGUUCCCAACAGUAGACGAAUUAUUAGAUUUACGUCAUAGACUUCGUUGUAAGGAUCGUGACUCAACAGAGGUUAUUGGCAGGGAUGAUUUUUUGAAAGAGGAAUUGUGGUUUGAAAGAUAUUUUGACAUUGAGGAUCCGUACGCUCAAUUGAGGAGGGAGCUAAUUAAGCACUUUAUAUAUGAGUUAUAUGAAACUUCUGAAGACGUUAUGAAUUAUUCAGCAUUUUUACUAGCAUUUUGCAAACAUGUUGAUCCAAUCCAAGGGUUUGCGUCAGCGUUAUCGAUGGCCGUCGGUAAAAAGACGUGUUAUUCUUUAGAAGAAUGCGAGGAUGUUAUAUGCAAAAUGAUAAAAUUGAAGCAGUACAAAGAUGAAUGUUUAGCCUGUGCCCACAUGUGCACCGCGCAGUUUUUAGACACAGUACUUACUAACGUAUUAGAUUACUGUGAAGGAACUACUGUUACAAUAUUACCUAAUGAAAUAGAUAAUAAAGAGAAGGGCAAAGUCAAGACAAAGGGCGGCAAAGGAAAAAAAAUGGAAACAGGUCGUUCAGUGAAGGGUAAAGAGAGUUUGGUUCUAGGUAAUGCAUCCAAAAGCAGUCGUAGUGUAGUCGCUCCGUCUAAUUAUGAACUGAACAUGACUUAUAUAUGCAAACCAUGCGAGGAGGAACCUCAAGAAGAGAAGGUGAUUGAGAAGGAGGAAGCAGAAGAAGAGCACAAGAGUGAAGUAUAUGUAGACCCAAAUUUGGCUUACGCUGUCAGUCAGGAUGUUAUAUGGAACGUAUUGAGGAUUUGCUUGCCGUGGCAUUUUGAGCUAGUCCCGGAGGAGAAGAUGACACCUUAUAUCGGUAUGGUGCAAGAAGUGAUGAAGCGGCUUGAGGUGAACCAUGAAAAUGGUGACAUAUAUGUCGCUAUGUUUGUGGCCGACCCUAACAUAUGCAAAUUUUUGCACAAGGUCAGAAAGUUUACAGCUGUCUCAAUGAUAGACGAAGUCCUUAAAAUUUGUACUUAA